AUGAGCUCUAUAAUGUUCAGGCAGUCGAUACGAAGACUAGCUACAGAAGCUACUCCGAUAAUAUCACAACCAAUCUCAACCAUACCCACAACAAUAACAAAUUCAUCUAAUAAACUACACAUAUCACAACCACCAAAAUAUACAUUAGCACAACUUCGUACAUUCCCAAAUCUUGAACCUCAAACAUUUAUUCCAUUACCUUAUCAAUUUUUUAAUACAGAUCAACCAAUAAGAAGAGAUUUAUUAUGGAGUACAGUAGUAUAUGAAGCAGAUAAUUCAAGAGUUGGAUCAAAUUAUGUUAUAACAAAAUCUGAUUCACCAUAUUCUAAUCGAAAAUUACGUCCACAAAAGGGUUCAGGUAGAGCAAGAUUAGGUGAUGCAAAUUCUCCUCAUAUGGAUAAUGAAAUAAAAGCUCAUGCUAUAAAGGGAUAUCAUGAUUGGAGUACUGAUUUACCUAAAAAAAUUUAUAAUAAAGCUAUUCAAACUGCUUUUAUAUCAUUAUAUAAAAAUGGAAAUUUAAUAGUGGUAAAAAAUGAAUGUGAUUUUAAACAAAAUAAUGUUGAAAUAACUCAAUCUUUUGUAUCAUCACAUAAUUUAAAUAAUUUAAAUUUAUUAUUUAUAACUACUGAUAAAAGAGAUAACUUACAACAAAGUUUAAAAAAAUUCUUUUUAAAUGAUAAAGAAUUAUCAAAAUUAAGUAAAAGAGAGAAAGCUAAAGCUAUUGCUAAAGUUAAAGGGAAAGUCUUGAUACAAGAUCAAGUUGAAGUUAGAGAUUUAUUAAAAGCUAAUAGAGUAUUUAUUGAAAAACCAGCAUUGGAAUGGUUUAUUAGUGAAUAUAGUGUUUAA